UAUCUGACUCGGGUGUCAGUGUAAACAUGAACAAUUAUGUUGGGUCGAGGUCGUUGUACCACAACACCAAGGUGACGGGUAUACGAGGAAGAGACUACACGAGGUGUUGUUGUUCACUCUAUAACAUGUGUCUUGUGAAAACUUUUGUCAUUCAGUACCUUCAUGGUCGUCGUCGUCGUUUAUGGAUGAUGUAGAUAAAUCAAAGAAAUGUCUACCUGAGAAACUGACCAGACGCCAGUGUCGAAUUAACGAGGGGAGGCUACGAUUUCUCCAUGGUUUAUUAAUCUUUGCUGUGGAGUUCUCACCAUGACGGGGAAUCAAGCAAAUACCAUUCAGAUUAUCUACAAUUUUCAACAAGUCUUGGAAUGGUACCAAGGUCUGUACAUCAUGUCUACAUGUACACAGAGGCCUGUGAUCGUGGAGCCGAGGCUGGAGGGACGAUGAAGCUAGACCAGCUUUUCAUCCUCCAUCUACCAUCAUGUCUGAUCAUCCGAUGGCUGUACCUGACUGCGUGUCGUCGGCAUCAUCUUCACAACACCAGCCCAAGUGUGAAGGUGCAGGUCAGGGACAGCGUGGAACACGUGCAGGACGACGUAGUGAGGGAAGUGAAGUGAGGAAGUCCGGACGUAAACAGAGACAGAGUAAAGUAGUCUGUCAUCAUGCCGUGCCACAGGCACACGCUGGUGUCCUCACAGAAGAAGUAGUUGAAGAGAUCAGAGCUGAGUCUGGUGCGAGGAUAAUGCUGGAUGCCAGUGCGUCUCCAAUGGCGGGUGGAACACUUGUGACCAUCACUGGUGUCGCUGACCAGAUGGAGGCAGCAGUGAGGUGUAUUCGCCAGAGAACAGGUUCACAGGGAGCGAUCUCAGAACACGCCCAGAUGUUCUGGAGAGAGUGGGUUGAAGAUGCUUGGCCAGAUCUCGACUCCGGGCCACACUUCCUGCCCCCUGUCUACUUCAACCGUGUGCCAACAUCCAGCUCACAGGUCGCUGGUCAGAACAUCCGUGUCUUCUGUCAACCGUUCGGACAGGCCGGUAGAGCAGGACACCCGGGUUCGUCUCACCCCGAGUUUGUCAGGGGUCCGACCCACCAGCCCACCCUGGUGUCAGACUGUCAAACAAGAGAUGACUCUGCGACACAGCGUGUCUUCUUCUGUCUCAAGACUCUGUACACGACCAACAAUGAGGUGCUGGUGGGACUGACUAACCUCCAAUUCGAACAGUACCUGAGCGAUCCUUGGUACACCCUGGCGGCUGCUGAGCUACCCGUCCCAUCCAGAGCUUCAGAAAUCCUGCCGAAUGUCAGAAGUCGGGGCGACUUUGAUGUUCUCCUGAUCCACCGCCACUACGGGCUGGUCGUCUGUGAAGUCAAGGCUCUUGGCGACAAUGUCCAAGAGUUAGAGAUGUGUCAACAGGAGUUUGAAAGACACCUCAAAGAGAGACUUUUGCGAGCCGUAUCCCAGCUAGACAAAGCGGAAGCCAUGUUGUCUUACCUAGUGUCCGACAUCGCUCUGGGGCUGCGAGUCAGCAAGACGAUUGCUCUUCCAAACAUCAGCGCAUGUCAGAUGUCAAAGGUCAUCAGCAGCGAUACCGAGUUGACCCAGGAGUUAUCUAGAUGUCUCAAGGCAUCAGAUCCGACCGACAUCGUCGACCUGUGCCUGUGUGCAGACCGCUUGUCUGACCCCAGUGCCCCCUGGGACGUGCGUUCUGAGACUCUCACAGAGCUCGGCAAGUGGUGGCAGCGCUGUGUGACUCACGAGGGCGAGGACAGUCACAUGACCAGUGACGUGUACAAGACACUGGUAGCCAGGUUUUGUGGUCCUCCGACAACCGUGACCGUGCCAUCCAUCUUUCCUGCACGUCUGUGUGUCAAAACGCUGCACCAGGCAGUGUCGUGGACGGGCGAGUGUCACGCGUGUCUGACACUGUUUCCAGAACAAGCUCACCUGCUCAACGCGGCGCCUCCAAGGGUCUUCCUCACCGGCCCACCUGGCACAGGUAAGACGGUGGUGCUGCAGCUGAUGGCGACACAGUGGCUGCAAUGCGGCAACGACGUGUACGUGGUGAGCACGUGGCGCAGGAGCCGUGCGGCGUGCAUCAUGCUGCACCACCUGCUGCAGCAAACCCUCGAGGCACAGCCCUCGACCAUCAGGGGUCAGGUUCAUCUCCUGCUGUACGACCUCGAUACAGAGGAGAACGUGAGGAGGGCCGUGGAUGACCUGUCGGAGAGGUCAACGUCUCUUUAUGUCAUCGCUGAUGAAGCGGGACCUGACGAGAGGUCAGCUCGCUUCCAGACAUUCUGCGAGAAGCUGCAGACACGCGUGUCUGGUCUUCAUCUGUGGGCGGCCAGCUGUCGUCACGGGAUAGCACCCGAGGGUUUGGAGGUAAAGGCCUUUACCCGACCGUUACGCUCUCCACCCGUCGUUGCGAGGGAGGUUGGAAAGGCGGAGAGAUUCACGUCACCCGGGAAGUGCAGGGUUACAUCCAGCGUGAAGUACCCGACCUGUCAGAUGGUCCUCCGGUUAAUUACAUUUACCACUACCCGGAUCACACCGUUGAGUGGGUAGAAGACUGCGUCAGGUGUGGAAAGGAGCUGACCGACUUUUUACGCCAUCUUCAUGUCGGUACCCCGGGGGAGGUAAGCACGACAGCUUAUUCAUCCAAUGGAGUUACGGCCCCUCCCCUUCUGCAGUUCCGUGACGUGUUGGUGUUGGGGUGGGGUGGCAUCACAGAGCAGUCAGGUUUGGUGAGAGGAGUGAAGGAAGGGGGCGUUCCGGUGAGGGUGGCGACUGAUGAAGACAUUGAGGACGUCGCCAAAGCCUGCAGUGACGUCAUAUGGGUGGCGGACGGCGAUCAGGUGCGCGGUCUGGAGAGAAAGGUGGUGAUCUGCGUGGAGGACAUGUUUGGCCGUGACGUCGUCUACCUGCGCCUGCAGUGCAUGUCACGGUGCACGUCACAGCUGGUUGUCCUCUCCCGCUUUCCUCCGAACCUGGAACCAGACUCCGAUGUGUGGUGACAUGAAUACAGCGCACGUCACGAGAGGAAAGAAAGAAGAGUUGUCACUCCAAAGUGUCACAGUAAACAUAAAACUCAGUUGGGGGUGACGACGGACGGAGACAUGAAACUCAAGCGGGGCAGCCGUCCCCUCAGAAAAGAUACUGAGGAGGCAAGAAUGUGAAUGUCGUUCAUUCAGCAUGGAUCAAGUUUACGACCUCAGCCCCAUCCCCAAGCUGAGCAUCUUCCUAUGCCACUGUAAAUAAAUACAUAAUAAAUACCUUAAAUACAUUAUAGAUAAUGACAUCCUUAUCGAAAUAGUAUCAUAUAGUGAUAGGUGUCAUCAUUCCUAAUGAUACAAUGUUUUGCUUACCUUUCUUAUCCUGUCUUCACUCUGAGUUGUAUAUAAUUACACACACCUGCAAUCGUGAAACAAGCUCAAUGCCAGCUGGUUGUGGUCGAGCUGCUUGGACAUGAAAGCCUGAAAUUAAUUUUUGCAAAGACUAGGUAUUCCACAAUGUGGUGCACGGCAAUUAGUCUUUGUGGUCAAUGGAUAUAUAUAUAGUAGGUGUAUGGGUUCAUACAAAUCAGUAUGACUUGUCCCCUGAAUUGCAUUUAUUUUCUGAGCCUGUUGUGUACAUGCACGUGCACACACACACACCUUCAGUUCCCUCUGUCACCAAGCUACUGGCAUCAACCGUAUUUCUGACUGCCAUAUAAUUAACUUCAGUCGCAACAAUGGGUGGGAGAUAUAUUUGUCAUUUAACUCCGUGUCAGCCAGCAGCUAUAUAAAGACUAUAAUUAUCACGGCCCUGUAAACAUGCGCCACAUGCAGAGAAAGAAUAGCAUGCCCGAGACGAGAUCUGAAUCCGCAGUAACCAAUACUCACUGUGUUGAUGACAGGCGCUAUACUACACAUCGGAAGGGGUAUAGGGUGGGGCAUCUAAAAAGAUAAACAGUCGCCUGUGUACGUCCGCGAGUCGAGACUGUUCUAUGGGCACGUAACAGGUACCUGACCCCAUUACAAUAGCUCCACGCCUGGCCCAACCUCCGGAAUGUGAGGUGACAGUGGGACCCUGGCUGUGAGGCGCACACGUACCCGCCUGUCUGCCAGUGUCAACGGACCAACACCCGUCGUCUCCAGUCGAGGUAACGGACCGAGGGGCUGACGACCCAGGUGAGGACAGUAGAGGACGGGCGGUCUUGGAAUGGGGAUGGAGCUGAUGAAACAACCUCCCUUGAUCGCCCAGACAACCAGAACAUGUGGGGCUCGCCAAGUGCUUGUUCUGACAAGCCGCCGAUUCGUGAGCCACCUGGAACCUCAACUCACCUGAACAAUCAGGCAGCCAAAGGUACAAGCCGCCAUCAGGACUGACAUCACACUGUCGUCUGCAUGUCGUUACACUACUUGUCAGUCGGCGACAAAGCAGUCAAUGGCUCAAACACUGCGGUCUACCAACGGUUAUGACUCACCAUCCAGGCCAACCUGGGUUCCGCUCAUCAGCAAAGACAGUAGUCCUCCUCCAGUCCUGCUCUCGCCCCGCCUCUCGGCCAGGUUAGGGCCACCUGACGGCCAUCAGGUGAACGGCCAUGUCGAGCCCAGAGACAUGAGAAAGAAGCUGGACCUUCCAAAACCAGAGGAAUCGAAGUUGAUUUAUACGCCGUUCCUGAGACAGAGGCUGAUUAUCUCAAAGGAAACCCGUGUAUAUUCCAAGAGAUCCAGAGAAAGUCAGGCGCGGAGAUACAGUUUGCCUCUACCCCGUCAGGCCUCCGAGGUUGGAAUAUUCUGAUCAUCCGGGGCUACAGGCGCCAGAUCCGGACGGCAGUGAGACUUGUCUGUAGGAAGACAGGCAGCAAGGGAAGUAUUUCAGCUCAAAGCCAGGCAUUCUGGGUGGAAUGGAUUGAGAGCGCCUUUCCUGACCUGGCAUCUCGCGCCUACUUCAUGCCUCCUGUCUCCUUCAACCGACCGCAGACGAGAAAGACACAAGAGAUAUUUGAACAGGACGGCAAGACCAAUGGGCUGGUCCAUGUCACAAAGACCUGUAGUCCCUCAAUGAACUAUCAGAAUGAAACUGCUGCUCCUCCUAUCAGGGACGAGAAGAAUGGCGAGGUUAGAGACGACUUAGCGCUCCAGCGAGUGCUCUACUCUUUACAGAGACUGUCCGAAGACAAGCGGGAGGUGCUGUUUGGUCUCAACACUCUCAGGUUUGGCCAAUACAUGGGCAAGCCUUGUUACCUGGCUGCAGCGACCCACCUGCCUCAACCUGCAGGCCUACCUUGCCGAAAAAGUGGAGGAAGGGCAACUUUGAUGCUGCUUAUUCAUCGCCACUACGGGAUCGUCCUUCUGGAAGGUGAGAGCUUUCGGGGAGGACCUCAAGAAAUCCAACAAUUUGCAGAACGACACAAGCCAAAUCACAGACAUUAGACAGAUCCUUCGAGAAGCUGCCAUCCAGUUGAACAAAGCAGCCGCCAUUUUGUCGCACAUCCUGUCUGAGACGGUUCCAGGGCUGCGCAUCAGUAAAGCCAUCGCGGUGCCGAACUUGACGGUUGGUCAGGUGGAACAGGCCCUCGCUGGGGCACCUCAGCUGACACAGGACUUGUGCCACUGCCUGGGAACAGAUGAACCCAAAGACAUCCCUGGACUGUGUCUCUGCUAUGAGCAGUUGAUUGACCCCAAGACACCGCGGGACAUCGGUGAAGACGAGCUGACGGGACUCCGGGGUUGGUGGCAGCGCCGUGUGGUGCGGUCCAGACCAG